GGCGGCCCCCGUAACCGUCUGACAUCUGCGGGGGAAAAGACAACAACAGCUGAGGGGAAGGUAAAGAGGAUCGUGUGGCGACUGGCGAGUGGAUGACAGUUCCGACCGGAGGAUGAAGCUGCUGCUGUCGGUGUGGACUCGUCUCCACAGACCGCCCCCCCUCCCCGGAGCUCGACUCGGUUCGGCUCGGCUCGGCUCCGGGGCCGCGGACGAGGCUCUGAUCCGGGGCUCCAGCCCGCGAGCUGCCGCGGACGAGGCUCUGAUCCGGGGCUCCAGCCCGGAGCUGCUGCGGGCUCUCGGCUCGCAGGUGGAGGUGAAGACGGCCUUCAUCACCGAGGAGGAGGAGGCUGCUCUCCUGGGGGAGCUGGAGCCCGGACUCCGGAAGAAACGAUACGAGUUCAGCCACUGGGACGAUGCUAUUCACGGCUACCGGGAGACUGAGCGCGUGAGGUGGGGGGAAGCGUGCGAGGAGGUCCUGAGUCGUGUCCGGUCCGUUGCAUUUCCGGAGGGCUGUUCGCUCCUCGGGCCCGUGCACGUUCUGGAUCUGGACAAGACUGGCUACAUCAAGCCGCACAUCGACAGCGUCAAGUUUUGUGGCAGCACCAUUGCUGGGUUGAGUCUUCUGUCGGGCAGCGUCAUGCGCUUGGUGAGGGAGGAUGCAAAGAACCACUGGCUGGACCUUCUGUUGCCCCGACGCUCACUCUAUAUACUCAGGGACCAGGCCCGAUUUAGCUUCACUCAUGAGAUCCUGAAAGAUGAAGAGUCUGUGUUCGAUGGAGAGAGAGUUCCUCGGCAGCGACGCAUCUCUGUCAUCUGUCGAAACCUUCCAGACUGACUCGACUUGGACAUUCAUAACGGAGCAUAAAUUGAAUUUAAAGGAACUGUGUCACUGGUCUCUAUCUUUGAAGAAAUAACUAAAAGUCCAGUUCUAAAGUUUGCUCGAGAGUGAAGUGUUUAUUUUGAUAUAUAUAUUUUCAAAAUGAGCUAACACAGAGAGAGUGGCUCUGAAGAGGUAAGUCACACACAGGGGGCUUAGAAUCUGACUUUGUCUACAUAUUUUGAUCUUUAAUAAUACAUUUUAACACGCACGUGAAUGACAGCAUACUUAAUGGAUGAUAUUUUGAUAAUUUAAACAAUGAGAAAUAUCAACUCCAUUUAAAAAAAUUUAAAAAAUGUCACAUGGGCCUUUUUUGGCCCCAAUGAUUCUUUACAUUUUGAAUAUUAAGUAUGGUUAAACACAUCUGUUGAAAAUAUGAACUAUCUAAGCAAACAAUUAUCCUAUAAUAAAGAAUCACAUAAAAGAUCCAUAAGCAUACAUUUAAGUAUUUAAUUUUAAUUUGAUUUAUUAAGUCCUUAACUUAUCCUAUAUCCUAGGAGGCUACUUUAUUUAAUCUAAAGGGCGGGAUCUGACCUUUCUUAUGUCAUCUUUCCCUCCAGUUGGCUCAAUCCCAAUACACCAUGACUGCAACUCAAUUGUAGGCAGUUCUUACAAAUGCUGCGGAAAUAUAAAAUACUUUUAGGUGGAAGUGCAAAUAAAGAAAAUACAUAGGGCUUCAAUUACACUUUGCACAUUAAAGGUGAAUGAUUUUCCUAUUGAAUUGUGCUGGCAUGGUUUUUUUAAGUGAGGAUAAAUCUGCAUUUGUUGUUGUUUACUGUCCUGUUCUAUAAACAGCUUUGGUUUGAAAUCACUGAAAACUUAAAUGUAACUUUUAAAUUUAUUUCUGGAAUUUUAUUUGACAAACAGGGAUGAUGUGCAGCAGCUUGAAAAAAAAUCUGUUCAGUACUACUCUGUUGAAAACACUUCAGCAUACUGUGUUCAACAUAAUUUGAAUGCACCAAGGCCUAACAGUCCAAUUAAGAUUCACCAAAUUGUACACACUCAUAGAUGUUACAGAUUUUUUUAGAGACACUGUGCUCUCCCCUCUCUAAGUGCAUGUGGAUGUCGUGUCUGGGCAAAGGUCCAAGGCUUCACUCCCUAGACGCUACAGAAAUGAGACAGCCUGAGCAGGAACUACUGUCUCCAGAAAUUGUUUAGGAACUAGCAGACCAAUAGACUAAAUGAUCUGAAAGGGUUUGAAGUGUGACUGCAGUAAAGCAGACUUCAGAAUAUGAGGACAUCCUGCACAGUUGUUGUAUUGAUGGAUUCAGAUUUUCUCCUUGGCCAAGCUUCAAUAAAUAUUUCAGCACAACACAUCUGAGGGCUCCUGAACACUUUAUUCACUGAUGAGUCCACAGCAAUAAAUAUCCCUAUUUAGAUGUCCCUUAAUAUACCUGAUUUGUUUUUUAUUAAGAACCUUGACUUAUUCUGUACGGAAAUGAAAAUGUAGUAAGAAAAAUUACACUGCCAUGUUAAAGAAAGUGAUGAAUCUGGAUGUGCACCGAAAUUGAAUGUGUUCUUUACUGACCCAUACUGCAACCUUCCACCAAGUUUCAUUGUAUCUCAUUUAGAAGUUUUUGCCUAAUCCUGGUAAAACUUACAACAACCUUGUUUAUCAGGUUCAUUGAGAAAUAGUUUUCAGAAACUUGUCUGAGAGAACUUGUAAAGUGAUCUUGUAUUGUUGUUGCAGCUGUAGCCAGAGCAGGUUAGCUUUCCCUUCACCUUUCCUGAUGUGGAUUCACCCAGUCGUCUCCAUUUGGCUUGAGGUGCCUUUCUGGAUUUUCAAACUCUGGAAAUUUGGUAACCAAAUAUAUGACAAAUUUACAUAAAGAAGGUUGGUGCUUUGCAUGCUCAUCAAACUAUAUCCGAUACCAAUAACCAUGUUUUUCCGAGCGUCCUGCAACUUUCCAUCUGCUCCCUCAAGCAAAUGAUAAGAAUCAGUUGGGUCGAGGCCCCCCAAUUUAAAUGUCUUUAAAUAUACAUUAACAUGAGUCUGUGAAUUUUUUUAAUAGCUCAGUAUUGUGUGCAAUAUGUAUGUUUGUAAAGGGCAGUGGCCACCCUGUACCUUGCACAUGUUUAAAAUAAAAACAUGAAUAUAUGAA